CGGGCGCUGAUUGGCUGCUCGCUGACAUCCUCAAACCCGGCUGCUCCGCGCUGGGCUCGGAGGGGGCGGCUGCGGGUGGAGGUGCGCUUCUGACAAGCCCGAAAGUCAUUUCCAAUCUCAAGUGGACUUUGUUCCAACUAUUGGGGGCGUCGCUCCCCCUCUUCAUGGUCGGGGGCAAACUUCCUCCUCGGCGCCGCUUCUAAUGGAGCCCCACCUGCUCGGGCUGCUCCUCGGCCUCCUGCUCGGUGGCACCAGGGUCCUCGCCGGCUACCCAAUUUGGUGGUCCCUGGCCCUGGGCCAGCAGUACACGUCCCUGGGCUCCCAGCCUCUGCUCUGCGGCUCCAUCCCAGGCCUGGUCCCCAAGCAACUGCGCUUCUGUCGCAAUUACAUCGAGAUCAUGCCCAGCGUGGCGGAGGGCGUGAAGCUGGGCAUCCAGGAGUGCCAGCACCAGUUCCGGGGCCGCCGCUGGAACUGCACCACCAUAGACGACAGCCUGGCCAUCUUUGGGCCCGUCCUUGACAAAGCCACCCGCGAAUCGGCCUUCGUCCACGCCAUCGCCUCCGCUGGCGUGGCCUUCGCCGUCACGCGCUCCUGCGCAGAGGGCACCUCCACCAUCUGUGGCUGCGACUCGCAUCACAAGGGGCCACCAGGCGAGGGCUGGAAGUGGGGCGGCUGCAGCGAGGACGCCGACUUUGGGGUGCUCGUGUCCCGGGUUCCCGGCCUCGGUUUCCCCAUCUGUUACACAGGGAAAACAACCCUAUUUAUUACAGUUUUGGGAAAGGAAUGUGAUUCUGCCGAGGCGUGGGGUGCGAAGGGGAGGGAACCAUCAACAGUCACCGUUCCUUGGUUCCGGGCCUCGGUCCUCCACCAGCGCUUACCCCGGCCGGCCCAGGGGAGGGAGGGAGAAGGCUCCGGCCAGGGCUGGGCUGGCGGCAGAGCAGGCGGGUCUCGGUGGCUCCCAGGGGCGUCCGUCCUGGGGCCAGCGGCUGCUUCUCUUCCCCAGACCAUCCUGGACCACAUGCACCUCAAGUGCAAGUGCCACGGGCUCAGCUGCGAGGUGAAGACCUGCUGGUGGGCCCAGCCCGACUUCCGCGCCAUCGGCGACUUCCUCAAGGACAAGUACGACAGCGCCUAGGAGAUGGUGGUGGAGAAGCACCGCGAGUCGCGCGGCUGGGUGGAGACCCUGCGCGCCAAGUACGUGCUCUUCAAGCCGCCCACCGAGAGGGACCUGGUCUACUACGAGAACUCGCCCAACUUCUGCGAGCCCAACCCCGAGACGGGCUCCUUUGGCACCAGGGACAGGACUUGCAACGUCACCUCCCAUGGCAUCGAUGGCUGCGACUUGCUCUGCUGCGGCCGCGGCCACAACACGAGGACGGAGAAGCGGAAGGAGAAAUGCCACUGCAUCUUCCACUGGUGCUGCUACGUGAGCUGCCAGGAGUGCAUCCGCAUCUACGACGUGCUCACUAGCAAGUAGGGAGCCAGGGCACUGGGCAGAUUCACUGAAGUCCUUCCUGAGCAGGACCUAAGCCAGCUCAGCCCUCAGCAUCCGACAGCAAGGAACCCGGACUGUUGCCAGAUGCACGUGUGGUAAAUUACCUGGACCCAACCGCCCGCUGACUGGGAGGCCUCCCUCCCUCUCUCAUCCUAAGUUUCUCACCCAACUCUGGAUGGUGCAUGGUGUUUAAAGAAGGGGCUUUCUUUUUAGUUCUCUGGGGUCUGAUAGGAACAGAUCCGAGGCUUAUCUUUACACAUGUUUAAGAAAAUAAAAAUGGAAAAAAAUUUCUACUCCAAUGGAACAGGCUGGGCUAUUGUGAGCUCUUUGCCUGGUGAUAAAGACAUCAGCGUGGGCAAGACUGUUUGCAGACUGCUUCUCAUGGGGACGUCCCAGGAUGCUGGGAGGUGGGAGUUAUGGAGUAGGACAGACCUCUGCAGCCUCCUUUCCUCUGCCUACUCCCAUUCAAAUCUGAUACACUUUCACGAGCUGAUAAAAGCCAUAGGUCUAGUGAGGAUGAAGUGGUAGGGAGGCCCGAGGCAAUUGUGAGAGCGGGGUUUCGUUUUAAAGAACUAGUUCUAGCCCUGGUCGGCUGUUUGAAGAGCAGCAGUGUGUUCUCAGCCUCGUUUUCUCUGCAACCCUGUCCUGCACCAGAGGCUCUUGUGAACUGCAGUCAGAUCUCAAAAUCUUUUCUACCUUUCUGCAGUUUCCACCAUGAAUGCAGUACCUUUUUUUUU